UGUUUCUCACAUGCGCAACGCGACCCAUUGUACAGUAGAGAGACGGCUUCGCUCUGCGUGUCGCUACUCCUGUGCAGUGAUGGCGCUCGCGAAGACCGGUCUCUCAGCUCCUGGGGGAGGAGUCAUUCUGUACACCUCCAUGGGAGAAAUUGAGGUGGAACUCUAUUGGAAUCACGCCCCAAAGACAUGUAUGAACUUCCUUGAACUCGCCAAACGGAGCUACUAUGACAACACUUUGUUCCACCGAAUAGUGAGCAACUUCGUGAUCCAGGGUGGUGAUCCAACUGGAACUGGAAGAGGUGGUGAAUCGAUCUAUGGCUCAACCUUUGAGGAUGAGAUUCACCCAGGCUUGAAGCAUACUGGAGCUGGGAUUUUGAGCAUGGCGAAUUCUGGCCCAGACAGCAAUGGCUCGCAGUUCUUCAUUACCUUAGGGCCACAGCCUUCCUUGGAUGGGAAACAUGCCAUUUUUGGUCGAGUUUGUCGUGGCAUGAAGGUGGUUCAGAAACUGGGCUCAGUUGCUACCAAUGCACAGGACAAGCCCAUUCAGGAGGUGAAGAUCCUGCGGGCAUCCACUGCGUUAGCCGCAGAUGCCAAUUUGGGACUAUGACCAGAUGACCAGAUGAUACCGCCAGGUGAACAAAAAGUCUCCAAAAUCAUGAGUGAAG